AUGAGCCAUCAAGCUCACCAACGUAUAUCCCUUACCGAGCCGUUCGGAGCUGUGAGUUCCUGCGAAACCGAUUCCGAUCUGGAAAUACUUCAACCGUCUCACCCUCGACGACGUUCCCUAAAGCGAGAAGUUUCAAAAUCCUUCUUGCAUACGUGUAGCUACCUCGGAAAGCGUCGGAAAAGGUCACAAUCAGUGCCAGCGGCGUCCAUCGACGGCCCUUACCUAGUACUGCCGCCUGGAGGCUACAUGAUGUCACUAUCAUCUUCCGAUGUCAGUAGCAACCACUCUGUCCUUACUACACCACUUCCCAGCCCUGCCAUUGACGACACGGAACACGGACUGGAACAUGGACGGAGACCGUCGCAAGUGGCCGAGCUUCUCAACCGGCUCAACUUCAGGCUCAAGCGGCUCUUCGGCAGCCGGAGAGGCUCGGUCGAAGAUGAAGACCCGUCAGUGGCCUCUUCUGACACACGACGUUCGAGCUUGUCUUUCAACCUGCGUGGUCCUACAGACCCAGCAAAUAUCGACCGCACCCCAGAAUAUCAGAUGUGGAAUGGGUCGUUUCAGCUCCCCAAUGUAAGCGAGUUCUUUGACGCAAACGGCGAUGUUGGCCCCAGUUCCUUCUACAACACUGCUGACUGGAAUGCUUUCCAGGAAACGUUGCAGACACAAGGGAAUGCGGUCAUACAGACACAUGUCAACAGCCAUCGAGGUUCCAAUGCGGAUAUGGAUCUGGACCGAUUAGAUUGGUUUCGAGCAUAUGGCACGCAGGGCUCUGAUUGUGAGCCUCGGACACGCAAAGACUCGUUUUUCGUCUUUGGCGAUUUCCUAAGAUCACGACGGUCCAGCAAAGUGGACAAAGGGAAGGGGCGUAUAACUAUGGACAACGAUACAGCCGUAGGGCCGCUAGACGAAAUGGCUCUUCUAUCUAGCGGUAGUACGAGAUUGGGAGUGGAAACACGCUGUCUCGCUGAGAUUGGAGUUCUCCCUCGCGUGUCAAUGGAGACGAUGAUGCCCCUUUCGCCAAAGGAAUCACAGGAUGUCCCACAGGCAGAGUUCUCCAGUUUGGAAUCCAGCACGCCAUCAUUGCAUUGCUCGGGGUCUUCGACACCACCCGGUGAGGAAGCGCAGGAAAGACAGAUGCACAGAGCACAACCAAUCAGCUCUUGCAUCGCCAUACCACUUUUGUUAGAGGGACAGGCGGGAGACGCAAAGGCGGCCUGUGGGUCUCCAGCAUCGUCGGUCUCUAGUAUGGAUGAUCAACCGGUUCCCGUUAGACCUGCAACACCGGUUCUGGUCCCCACCAUUGUGUCAUCGCCAUCGCCACUGACCCCGAUGCAAAGUCUCAGUCUAGGUCCUCGGCAACACGAGAUGGAAUGGAACUGGUGUUCUUCGAGCAAAUGCAGAUCCCGUGUCUCGUUGUGCGAGAUGUUGAUUGAUGAAGUGCCUCGGACGGUGUGCUGUUGCACUUGUGUUCAGGGAGGAGGUAACAGGGCAUCGGGUGGACUGGGUUUGAGGAAGAGUCUGGAUGAUAAAUGUUGGUGGGAUGGCGAUGAUGGUGGCAAGGGUGGUGCAACGCGGAGAUUGCACAUGUGA